GUUGGGUCACACGGCCAAGUGACACGCCAAUGUGCUAGGCCGUGUGGGUAUACUGACUUGCAUACGACCGUUAAUUCUCAAUAUGACAUUCGAGGCAAAGCCAUCCAGCUGGUAGCAAAAAAACUUUAUCAGCUGGACUACAUAUCUGGAGAAAUUGAGCAAUUUGCAACAAAUAUGUUGCUCUCUGCUGUUGAUCGGCAUGCUGCAGGUGCAGAGUUUUUGCAUUCUGGGUCCGCUGAUGAAAGAGGUGAAAUGAAGGUAGGAAGUGGAGAUACAUCCACUACUGGCAGCCAACUUCAAGAGCCCAGAGUUUCCGAAAUUGACUCCAUGAUUGCAGAGUCGACAACUAAUAGUGCUUCAGUAGUGUCAUUUGCUGAAGCUCAAAGACUAUCUCUGUUUUUUGCUUUAUGCACAAAGAAGCCUAGUCUUCUUCAAUUCUUAUUUGAUGUUUAUGGGCGAGCACCAAAAACUGUAAAGCAGGUGUUUCAUCGUCAUAUCCCUAUUGUAAUUAGAGCCUUAGGUCAGUCUUGCUCUCAGUUGCUCCAACCAAUAUCUGACCCACCACAAGGAAGUGAAAAUCUUUUGACAUUGGUGCUGCAAAUACUGACUCAAGAAACAAUUCCUUCUCCUGAUUUAGUAGCUACUGUGAAGCAUUUGUAUGAAAUUAAGCUGAAGGAUGCCACCAUCCUUAUUCCAAUGUUAUCUUCUCUUUCCAAAAAUGAGGUGUUACCUGUUUUUCCUCGGCUUGUGGACCUUCCAUUGGAGAAGUUCCAGCUUGCGCUUGCUCACAUAUUACAGGGUUCAGCUCACAUUGGUCCUGCUUUGACCCCUGCCGAAGCUUUAGUUGCCAUCCAUGACGUCAUCCCUGAAAAAGGUGGCCUUCCACUCAAGAAGAUAAUGGAUGCUUGCUCAGCUUGUUUCGAGCAGAGAACAGUUUUUACGCAGCAGGUCUUAGCUAAGGCCUUGAAUCAGAUGGUUGAUCAGAUCCCUUUUCCUUUACUUUUCAUGAGAACAGUUAUACAGGCAAUUGAUGCUUUUCCCACCAUGGUAAUUGAUUUUGUCAUGGAAAUCCUAUCCAAACUUGUCAGUAAACAGGUCUGGAGAAUGCCAAAGUUGUGGGUUGGGUUCUUGAAAUCUGUGGCUCAGACACAACCACAUUCUUUUCCUGUUUUGUUACAGUUGCCGCCUCCACAACUUGAAAGUGCACUGAAUAAAUAUGGUAGUCUCAGAAGUUCUCUGGCUGCUUAUGCAAGCCAACCAACUAGAAAGGGUUCACUGCCUAGAUCAACACUAGCUGUUCUUCAUCUUGCAAAUGAGUCCCAUAUGCAGCAACCGCAUGUAUGAACCUUGCAUCCUUCAGAAACUUCUUCAGCCCAGGGAGCAACUCUGACGUGAUAACUUCUAGAUGUUAAGAUUUUAAGAAAUUGACCGGCUGCAGCACCUCGAGCAUUAUGCAGAUCUGAUCAACUCCCCAUGCAAGGGUUUGAUUCACUGAGGAACAUAUGAAUGAGCCUCUAUAUGACCAUUGCUUGAGAUCAGUAUGAGAUAACACGAUAACCAGUUGCUCAUGAAACAGCAAGGGGUCACCAUUCAAGAGGUGGUCUGUUUCUUCCCUCCAAGCUCCUUCAAAGGUUGUACCAUAGCGCCCUUUACAUUUGAGAACCAACUUACUGCUAGUUUUUCCGGCACAUGUGAAUCAACGCCAGUUAGAUUAGGUGCGCAUUAACUUAUCAUGGUUCCCUUGUUUUGGCGAAAGGGAAUCCUUCGAUUUUGAAGGAAAAAUCAAUGUAAACAUAUCAAAUGACUCGACCCUAAACUUUUAAUAUGGUUUAAAAUUUGACCAAUUAAAGUCCAUAUCUAAAUUACACAUGAAAGAACAAAAGAAUUUGAACAAUUAUAUGUUGUUUAAGAUUUUCCGAAUGCAGCAUGGACAUCAAAUUAAUCGGGUAUGUGCAUUUUGUGUGCCUCUGUACUAUCUAUUGUCCGCUGCUAAAAUUUGAGAUUGACAUGAAACUUGUCUAUAUGAUAUAGGUCCAACGCUGUGGGCUAAAGUUGCUAUAUAUUUGUAGCUGAUAUCUAUUUCGUGUUUCUUGGACUCAAAAGACAACGACUGGUAAAUAUCGUAUUGUAGGAAAUAAAUGACUCGUGCUUUUUCAUCACUAUUUCUCUA